UGGUGGUCUUAUACUCUUAUCCUACAUGGAUAGUGUGUAUCCAGGAAAUUAUUUUGAGUUUUGGAGUAAAGUGAGAAUAACUUUAUAGAUUAUCCCACUUUCGUUUCCCGAGUCUCUCGGUGGUGAUCGAGGUAAAAGGAAGAAAAUGGCGGUCUGCCAUCUUCCCUGGGUUGUUCAUGCCACAAGACUUAGACCCUCAAGUAUAGCCGCUAAAAUAACUCCUGCAAUCCACUUUAGGAAUUGGGUGUCUCAAGUUGGCUCCAAUUCUGUGAAACUUGCUCUCUCUACUUCUCUUGCUCUUGCACUCUCUUUCACUGGGAAUGUAUUGCACCUCGUAGGAGUUGAACAUGCUGAAGCAGCCAAAAUGGGCGUUAACAAGCCUGAACUGCUGCCAAAGGAAUACACUACAGUAAUCGAUGUUGCUGGCUUCCUGUCUUCUGGUCAGGAAAAGAGACUCGCAGAGGAGAUUGCUGAACUUGAGAGAGAUACAGGAUUCAAAUUGAGAAUCUUAGCACAGAAUUACCCUGAUACACCCGGGCUGGCAAUUAAGGAUUUUUGGCAAGUGGAUGAUAGAACAAUUGUCUUUGUUGCUGAUCCCACUUUUGGGAAUAUAUUGAAUUUCAACGUGGGAGAUCAAGUUGAUCUGGAUAUACCACGUAGUUUCUGGAGCCGUUUGGCGGGGAAAUAUGGAAAUAUAUUUUACUGGAAAGAGAAGGGGGAAGAUGCAUCUAUUGAAGCUGCUGUUAAUGCUAUAACUUAUUGCUUAAAAGAACCUGUUGGUCCAAGUAACUGCUCAGAGGUAAAAUAAAUAGAACAUUGUUGAGGAGCAAGGAAGAAAUGCCAUGUAUUGAUAUCUUGAGAAAGUAAAAUUAUUUAUUGUUACAGCAUUUCUAUAGGAAGUAGCAAGUAUACUCAUAGAAGUUACUUUUUUUCAUGUAUCUUUAUUAUCAACUUAACCCUCUAAGAGAAACUUUGAAGUAGUAAACUGCAACAUGGUUGUACAUUUGUAAUGAAGCACAAUGUUUGAGUAACAACAGCCUUCUCUUAUCUUA